CUUCCUGUCAACAGACGUGCUUUAAACAGGGUAUUUGAACGUUUCAAAUAAGCAAAGCGAUUUCUCUCAUCACGUCAUUCAGUUCAUCUUGAUCAUAAGAGGUGCAGUGUCUUCCAACACUCCGUGCUCCACGUCCUGGAUGUCCAACCACAAACUCUUUCUGUUGAGGCAUGGUGAGGGUGCCUGGAACAAAGAGAACCGGUUCUGUAGCUGGGUGGACCAGAAGUUGAGUGAUAAUGGGGUGUUGGAGGCCCAGGAGUGUGGCAGGCUGCUUAAGGAACACGGCUAUGAGUUCGAUAGAGUUUUCACCUCCAUACUCAGCCGCUCUGUCCAGACAGCCUGGCUGGUUCUGGAGGCCAUGGGCCAGGAGUGGGUUCCUGUGACAAAGUCCUGGAGGCUGAAUGAAAGGCAUUAUGGGGCUUUGAUCGGUCUGAACCGGGCCGAGAUGGCUCAGAAGCAUGGAGAGGAAAAGGUGAAGCUGUGGCGUCGGAGCUACGACAUCACUCCACCCCCCAUUGACGAGUCACACCCGUACUUCACCGAGAUCUACAACGACCGCAGGUACAACACCUGUGAUGUGCCAAAAGAACAGCUCCCACGCACAGAGAGUCUGAAGGAAGUACUGGACAGACUCCUGCCCUACUGGAAUGAGGUCAUAGUUCCAGAGAUAAAGAAUGGGAAAACUGUGCUGAUCUCAGCCCAUGGAAACAGCUGCAGGGCUUUGCUUAAGCACCUGGAAGGAAUAUCGGAGACAGAAAUUGUCGGCGUGACUUUACCCACUGGAGUGCCGGUUUUACUGGAGAUGGAUGGGGGUUUGCGGCCAGUCAAACCCCGGCAGCUCCUAGGCGACCCGGCGAAAAUUCAGGCCGCUAUCAAAAAGGUGGAAGAUCAAGGAAAGGUCAAUGCAUCAAACAAAUAA